AUGCCGGGAACUGGCUGGCUCCCUCACCACAAACUAGUGGCCCAAAUUGAGGCUGCCAAAGCCUACACCAUCUUUGUGCCCACAAACCACUCUCUGGAGACCCAGGGCAACAGCAGUAUCUUGGACGUAGACACAGUCCGACAUCAUGUGAUCCUUGGGGAGGCACUCACUGUGGAGGUCCUACGGAAAGGAGGACACCGGAACUCCCUUCUGGGCCCCGCCCACUGGCUGGUCUUCUACAAUCACAGUGGCCAGCCCGAGGUGAACCACAUGCCCCUGGAGGGGCCCUUUCUGGAGGCUCCUGGCUGCUCCCUCUUUGGCCUGUCGGGGAUCUUGACAGUGGGCUCCAGCCGCUGCCUGCACAGCCAUGCAGAAGCUCUUCGGGAGAAAUGCAUAAACUGUACCCGGAAAUUCCGCUGCACUCAAGGCUUCCAGCUGCAGGAUACACCUAGAAAGAGCUGUGUCUACAGAUCUGGCUUUUCUUUCUCCCGGGGCUGUUCCUACACAUGUGCCAAGAAGAUCCAGGUUUGCUCUGAGGUGUUCCCCACCAAGGCUUUGCCGCUUUGCCCGGGGGAGGAGGAGAGCAGAAUAGCCCCGGGGAAGCAUUGAGACUGAAUUUCAAGGGCAGAGGUGUUGAGCCUCCAGCAAAGACAGCAAAGCAAGGGUCUGAGGAAUGUCCAAAAUCAGAGGGCUGCUGUUGGUCCUGUGUCUAACCCCUGGGGAAUGGGCAUAGGAGAGAUCCAGGGUCGCAUCCCAGAGCUGGCACCGUCAGCCAAACCCAGCGGCAGUGAUGAGGCCUCCCUGUCUGU